AUGUUAAUACCCAUUAAACAUUUUAAGAUGAAUUUGUUCACAGUUCACGCCAAAAAUGGGCUUUACAUCUACAAAUGCCAACAAGUGAAAUCGGAGGAGGGACAGGAUCCGAACAAAAAUGAAAAUUUACAAGAAGAAGAAAAAAAGGAACCUGUAACAAGUUUGAGAGCAGAAUGUGUUUGGUACCAAGACCGCUUCGCAAGACAUUGCAUCUGUUCACAGAACAAUAACCUGUGCAUAGUUGAUGACCGAUCAGGGUUAUCAAUCGUGUAUACAAAAAAUAACCUUUACUCAGACUUUUCAAUGGAUACAUUGAGAGGAGUAGGAAAGUUUAAGAAUAUGUACACACCCCUGGGAUGUAAGAACAUAAAACACUUGCAAUGGUCAAAAAACGGGACAUAUCUGGUGGUUUACUUCAACCUGACAAAUUACUCAGAGUCAGGACUUUGUCUUGAAGACAACCUGCACAUCUGGGAUAUUUCCAAGAAAAACAUCAUUGGAACUUUUAACACAAAGAGACUCUCACCAGAACAAUGGCCGGUAACCAAAUGGAUUGGCUCAACGGACAAUUUUGCACUUUGCCACAACCAUCAAGUUGGAAUCUACUCAAUUGUCUCAGAAGGGUCAUCUCUCAAAUCUGUUAAACUACUUUUAACAGUUAGAAUACCAAUGGUAUUCAUUGUUGAUCUAUCAUAUAAACCGAUGGAAACUAGCGUAAACACUUUCUCAGAUGGAGAUAAUAUUUUUAUGGCCGCCUUUUCUCAGCCAGAUUCAAGUCAUUCACCGGGAAAUCUCAGGAUUUCAACCCUAAAACUAAGCGGAGAUUCGUUGUCAGAGUCGUCAUUUUCCCAACACGAGCUUAAAUUCACAGAUUCAGCGGAACUACUCUGGUCACCUUCAGGAAAUUAUUUGAUAAUCCUGGCCCAGUCAACAGUGGAUUUGGCAGGAGAAAAGUACGGCUCAACAACAAAUUGUAUUUUAUUCUCAAGUAAUGGCAAAUACAUCAGUAAAGUUAACAGUUAUACAACACAUGACGCCAGAUGGAACCCGAAAUCUGACAUUUUCAUCCUAAUGGAAGGGAAUAUGCCAUGUAGGAUAACGUUGUAUAAUGUUGAACUAGAGACACUUUUCGAGUUCCCGAACAUGUAUAGAAAUACGAUUAAGUGGAACCCUCUGGGAAAUAUGGUGGCUUUGGGAGGAUUUGGGAAUUUGGCAGGAGAGAUUUGUUUCUGGUACAAGAAGGAAGGAGCUAAUGAGAUGGAACAAAUCGUCCAGUUUAAAGAACCAUGCACUGUUAUAUCAGAGUGGUCACUUGACUCCAAGUACUUUAUCACAGCCUCAACCUUCCCCCGUAUGAAGGUGGAUAAUUUCUUCAAGAUUUUCAACUGCGAAGGAUAUUUAAUGGCAAGUGAAAUAUUAGACGAAUGUUACGACGUGUCAUGGUUUUGCGGAAACUCAGAGGAUACUGAAUUUAUUAGGCCUAAAGUUAGAAAGUCACUUGACCGAAAGCCUAUUUACAGGCCUAAAAUGUCACUAAAAUCCACAAAUCCUACAAGUGCCAAACCCUUUUCCAAAGCUCCUGGAUCACCCCUCUUCACCAUGUCCCACCAAGAUAACACCUUCAACAUGAGUAACACACGAUUGGUGAACACGUUUGAGAAGAACCAUUUUGAUAAUUUCAACCGCUCAUUCUUCUCAGGCCAGUUUGGAAAUAACUCAGACCCAUCAACUGAUCUCUUCCAGUCCUUCAAGCAUAUAUUUUCACUUUCAUUUAUCAAUAAAUUUGAUACAACAUACUUGGAACAAAGGAAUAAUCAGGAACAAUUUUUCAACAGAAAAGAACAACAAGUUGAUACUAGAGAUAAUUUCAAUACAUCAGAUUCACAAUUCCAAAACACUUUUGAUAAUCAACUUAUAAACAAUUUCCAAAAUCAAAUGAUUAAGCCAUUAGGAAACCAGUUCAUUAACAUGAGCGAUUCACAACCUAACAUGAGUGGACAAAUGUUAAACGUACAGGAAAAUCAAUAUAAUAAUAUGACGGAUGGAUUUUUUGAUAAUUUGCAACAAGUACAAUAUGAAGGACUUGUGGAUAAUCAACAAAUGUCAUAUGAAAAUGGCUUAAACUACACUGAAAACACGUCAAAUCAGUUGAGAGAUGAUUCUGAAAAUGUUUCAAUGUUCGUUAGACUAAAGAAUCAGCUACAGUCUGAAAAAAUGAAAACACGACAGAGAACAAUAAUGAACGAAGGACAAUUGCUGAGGCUGUUAUUUGAAGCAAAAAAUAAAAGGAAACCCGAUUCACUUCAAUCUUAA